AUGUACAAGGAACUAUCCAUUUCGAACUCAAUCCCCGAAAAGCGUCUUCGCAGUGCGGUCAAGACUGGCAACCUAUCGCUGACUAAGGCUGAUCUAGCCGGCUCUGGUGCAACGCUACAUCUGCACCCCGAAUCAUAUGAUAAGGUAAUGCGAGCUAAAAAGGCCGGCAAGGGCUCUCGAGUCAAGAUCACCAAACACGAGAUCGAAUACCCUAUGGAGGUCAAGAGCGGCUCUGGUAUGCACGGAGCGAGUAUCUGGCGUAAGGUGUGGAACGGCAUCAAGAGUGCCUGGAGG